GUUAUUUUUGCAUCUCGUGCCUCAGAACCAACCAGAGCACCCAAGUUCCGUAGAGAACGCGUCCAUGAGAACACCCCCCUUGUUCACACUUUCGGUUCCAAGAGAACAAAGUUAAAAGUAGUCACAGAGAUCUGUCGCUUCACAUCUCAACGGCGAUUGCAUCGUAUUGUCAACGGUACAAUGAUUACGACGGGAUGCCUUGUGUUGAUGGCCCUGAUGAAUUACGUUUCUCCAUUACCAGUGUCUAAAGGGGAGAAUGAGGACAUCAGGUUGAUGAAGUGCAUUGUGGAGGUAAUCGCAGAUGCUCUUUCCUUGCCACACCCCUUACCUGUCAGUCAACAGUGCCUGGAUAUACUAAGGACAGAUGAACGUUUGGUUUCCAUCCUACGCCAUCAAAACUUUCUGAAAGAGCUGCAGGAUAUAGCUGUGGAAGGAGUCAAUGAGAGAGCCAAGCUGACUGAGAGCCAGGCAGGCGUGACAGGUCCGGUGACCAAACUGCCCCAGGAUGCCCCAGAGGAGCUGGAGGCAAUUCCAGAUCGAUCCAUGCUGUUGGCUGGCAUGAGGCCUGGAGUGAAGCGCGGGGGCGAGGAAGAGGAGGAGGAGGAGGGGGAGGAAGAGUCGGAGAGCGCCGAGAGGGAGGCCACCGAGUCCCAGGAGUCCCAGGAAGGGAACGAGAUCGGAGGCCAGGAGAGGGAGAGCAGCCACCAGGAGCAGAGCCCCAGCAACCAUAUCUCCGACUCCAUGAACCAGGAGCACAAGAGCGGAGAGGAGGGAGGAGAGGUGGCAGGCAAAGAGGAGGAGGAGGAGGAGGAGGAGGAGGAGGAGGAAAAGAAACAGAAGAAACAGACUAGUUUGGAGGAGGGGGAGGAGGAGGAAGAAGAGGAGGAAGAGGCCAUGGCUCAGAAUGGGAAAGUGAGCGGCGGCCCAGGAGAGACCUCCGAGGCAAAGCCAUCCGCCGAGGAAGAGGAGGAGGAGGAGAAGAAGAGGACAGCCUCGGACAGCGCUGAGGUCGAGAGGAAGAUCAAGGGCGCAGAGGGAGAGGCCAGUAAGGAGGAGGAGGAGGAGGAGGAGAAGAGAGGCGUCGGUGACCAGCGCUGGAGCGGGUUGACCCACCAGCCCCGCGGCCUGCAGGCCCAGAGGAGAGCUCCAGUAGAGCAGGAGGAGGCCCUGGAGGAGGCCGAGGAGCAGGAGGAGGAGGGGAGGAGGUCCAGCGAGUACAAGCAGCUCCAGGAGGUGCCCCACCACUCAAAGGAGGCGUCCACAGAAGAGGAGGCCAUGCCCGGGUCCCAGCGCAGCCCCGAGGAGAGGGAGCUCCGCAUGAUGGCCAAGAGAGAGCCGGACGACAGGAGAGACGAGGAGGGAAGCGCCACCAGGAAGACCGAGGACCCUGAGAUCGAGAGUUUGGCUGCCAUCGAGUCCGAGCUGGAGAACGUGGCUCAGAAGCUUCACGAGCUGCGGCGUGGCUGAGCGGCUCUCCCUCCCCGGGGCUGACCUUCCUCGCCACCCUCCUCUUCCUCCUUCACCAGUUAGCUGCCCUGCACUUAGACGCGUGGUGCGUUCAUGGCAAGGCAGAGGCCCCACCCGCACCUCCUUCCCACCCCCCACGGUUUGGGCCUCCAUCCGCUUUCUGUUGGAGAGAGUGACCGCUACACCCGACCCCUCCUUUCUCUUCUCUCUCUCCUGCUAGUUUCCAUCGAAAAGGACGAAUCUUGAUAGAAGCCCCAGCUGUCUGAAAAUAAGGACUUCUGACCCUUCUGCUCCUGCUCUCGUAUCUGCUUAACGCUCGACAAACGGUUCGCUCGCUCUCUCGCUCGCUUCGCCCGAAAAGUACCUGAGCACUGCGUGACAUCUCUGUGACAACAUGAUAAAUCAGUCUGUAUUAAUGUUGUAAUGCAAUCCAGAGCUAACUACUUGGGGAUAGUAUGAGUUUGUGUAUAUGCAAAUAUAUAGAAAACAAACAAUCUUAUGUCGGUCUUUCUAAAGAAACAAUGUUAUUCUGAACCUAUUGGUCUCAGAAGCUCCUGACAAAUGCAAUAAUUGAUCAUUUUUCGUAGAUUUAAAGAAAAAGGAAAAUUAACACUUGUAUUUACUAUCUGUAUGGAAUUUAGCUAAGAAAACCAAUAAAUACGAAAGAGUUAAAAAAAAAAGUUUGUGGAUUUAAUAAGUCACUCUCCUUACUCUCGCUGAUCCAUCCAUCAUCUGUUAAAGGGAUAUUCCACCAUUUGGGGAAAUCCACUUGUUUUCCACCUCCCCUUGAGUUCAACAAGAGAGUAUUUCCCCAAAUGGUGGAAUAUCCCUUUAAGCAGAAUAUUACUAAAUGACCAA